GGAGCAGAGGGCCAGGGAACAAACAAGUCCAUCGAUCCCGUGUGCGCCAUGCACUGCGCGCUGACCUUGGCCAGAGCGGCCCUGCGGCCCCGGGCAACGGGCUGGGCGCGCACCAUGGCCUCCCGCCCGCUGCUGGUACCCCCUCCUGAGGCCCUCCGCAAGCCCCUGGCCAUCCCCAACCGCCUUCUGCUGGGGCCUGGCCCCGCCAACCUGGCGCCCCGGGUCCAAGAGGCUGGGGGGCAGCCGAUGAUUGGACAUAUGCACAAGGAGAUGUAUCAGAUCAUGGAUGAGAUAAAGCAGGGCAUCCAGUACCUGUUCCAAACCAGGAACACCCUGACACUGGCCCUGAGUGGCUCUGGCCACUGUGCACUGGAGGCCGCCCUGUUCAACCUGCUGGAGCCCGGGGACUCCUUCCUGGUGGGCGCCAACGGCAUGUGGGGGCAGCGGGCCGUGGAGAUUGGGGAACGUAUCGGAGCCCGCGUGCACCCCAUGAUCAAGGACCCCGGCGGCCACUACACACUGCAGGAAGUGGAACAGGGCCUCGUCCAGCACAAGCCAGUGCUGCUAUUCCUGACUCAGGGAGAGUCAUCCACCGGAGUGCUGCAGCCCCUCGAUGGCUACGGGGAGCUCUGCCACAGGUACCAGUGUCUGCUGCUGGUGGACUCUGUGGCCUCCCUGGCUGGGGCCCCCAUCUUCAUGGACCAGCAAGACAUCGAUGUGGUUUACUCCGGUGCCCAGAAGGCUCUCAAUGCACCCCCAGGCACCUCCAUCAUCUCCUUCAGUGACAGGGCCCGGAAGAAGAUCGAGGGCCGCAGGACUAAGCCCUUCUCUUUCUACAUGGACGUGCAGCUUCUGGGCAACUUCUGGGGCUGUGAUGACAAGCCCAGGAUGUACCACCACACGGUGCCCGUCACCAGCCUGUACUGCCUGCGGGAGAGCCUGGCUCUCCUGGUGGAAGAGGGCCUGGAGAACAGCUGGCGGAAGCACCGGGAGGUGACGGCCUACUUGUAUGGACGACUGCAGGCACUAGGGCUGCAGCUCUUCGUGAAGGACCCCACCCUCCGGCUGCCCACGGUGACCACGGUGGCCGUGCCCGCCGGCUACGACUGGAGGGACAUUACCCAGUACCUCAUGGACCAUUAUGACAUGGAGAUCAUGGGGGGCAUGGGCCCCUCGGUGGGCAAGGUCCUGCGUAUCGGCCUGUUGGGCUACAACGCCACCCGGGAGAACGUGGACCUGCUGACGGAGGCGCUGAGAGAGGCACUGCAACGCUGUCCCCACAGCAAGAUGUGACCUGUGAUCUUUGACCUGUGACCUGCGCCCCACCACCCCCCAGGACACCCUGGGGCUGCCUCCCGGGUGUCGGGCUGCCGGCCAGGGCCCCCAAGAGCUCAAUAAACCAUCCGUUGUCUCUG